UUUACAACGACAUUCACUAUUUUUGAAACUAGUUUUUCAUGAUACUUUCCGUUGAUUCUGUCGUUAUCAGGCAUAAUUAAUAUUUCACCUCUUUGGAGGAGCAGAUCUAUGCAGUCAUUUAUUAUACAUGCUGGACAAUGAACGCAGACAGCCUAGUGUUUUGCGAUAAAAUACCGUUCAAGAUAUUACCCGGACUAGUUUGUUUCGGCAGGUUUCUUGACGAUCGUCUACUUACUGUAUUCGUUACAGUAUCAGAAAAGGUAUACAUUUAUAAUCCCAAAUUUUAUCAUUCUGCUGAUGGAAUCACAAAGGUCCUGUCACAAGAUUUUAUCAAAUGUAGUACAAUUCAUUCAAUAUGUACAAUUGACACAGGAAAAUUUGAACAAAUUUCAGAUAACAAUGAUCUCUUAAUAAUAGGAUCAAAAACUGGAGUAUUACUUUAUGAUCCAAAAAAUAAUGUGGAUAUAUUUUAUAAAGAGUUAAAAAAUGAUGGUGUAAAUACAAUUGUGUAUAAGCAUUUUGAACAACAAGAACAGCAACAACAACAACAACGACAGCUAAGUCAUCAGAAAUUUAAAGACUCUGAUGUUAUCCUUGUUGGUGGCAAUUGUACAUUGACUGUAUUGAAUUAUUCAGGUUUGGAGUUAUUUUGGACUGUAACUGGCGAGGCAAUAUCUUCACUGACAUGUUUAUCAUAUGAAAAUACUGAAGAAUAUUUUAAUGAUAUUAUAAUCGGUUCUGAAGACUAUAGUAUACGUGUAUUUCGUGGUGAUUUAAUUGUUCAUGAAAUAUCUGAAACAGAUGUUGUAACAAAACUUGUUUCACUUGGUGGAGAAUACUUUGGUUAUGGCUUAAAUAACGGUACGAUUGGUGUAUACAAUAGAACAAGUCGUGUAUGGCGCAUUAAAUCUAAAAAUAAACCAAUCUGCUUCACUGGCCAUGAUGUAAACAACGAUGGAUAUGCAGAACUGAUAUGUGGCUGGAAUAAUGGUAAAGUUGACGCGCGUUUACGUUCGAAUGGAGUGGUGGUAUUUAAAAUUCAAUUAGGUGCUUGCGUAGCUGGGAUGAAUGUGGGUGAUUUCUACGGCUUUUCUAAUGUGUUACUAGUCUGUACAAUCGAAGGUGACAUAUAUUGUCAUUCUUUACUUCAAUUGUCAAAAGAACAUUCAAAUUCCCAGUCUUCUGAAGAUAUAUUACGUCAGUUAAUUGCUAAAAGACAGAAUUUACUUUUAGAAAUCCAGAAUAUUACUGAAAAUAUUCGUUUAGGACAGCUAAGCAAUACAGAAAUUCGUCAAUCCAACCUCAAUAUAGUUCAUGCCAAAACAGAGUUACAAACCACUUUAGAGGUCUCCCCUAAUAAAUCGUGUGUCAAUUUGAUAGUCGGAACAAAUAAUAAUACCUCGCUUCGAUGUGUCAUACUAUUCGCCGAAGGUAUAUUUCAAGGAGAAAGUUAUGUUCUACAUCCACCGGAGAAUACUCAAUCUGCCACUUCGUAUACAUUUGAAUUAAGACCACCGAAAGAUGUAUCGGUCGAUGUAUUUAUCAAGGCCUAUGCUAUGCCUAUUAAUAAGAGACCGGAUCAAGAUUCUUACUAUCUACUGGCUAGUACUCAUGUACUACCACAAUUCUGUCUUUAUCGAUUUCUAAGUCAAAAUCCUAAAUUAGACUAUCCUGAUGAUUUGGAAGGUUUACGGUCAGGUGUGUUUUUCCAGGUACACGAUCGUCCUGAAAGGCUUGCUAUCUGGUUAAAUAAUAAUUUUAUCCUUGAACCGAAAAUCACAAAUAUUGAUCAGUCUUCAGUAUCUGUACUUUUUGAAGAACUUCGGCCAGCCAAUCCAGACGACUUAAAUGAGCACAAUACUCCUAAUCCAAAAUCACAUGUUAUCGAUAUUCAAAACCAAUGUAACUUGAAACGUUUACUGUACAUAACCAUGACAAAUAAAGGAGAGAUAACUAUAAAAACUGAGAAUAUAGAAUUAGCUUCAAAUUUGGUACAGUCACUAGCUCGUCAUUUUGGCAUCAAAGAACUAUCGAGCACUUGUGAUUUUCCCAAGAUAUUUGGUAUACUAGAAGAGUUGAUUGAAAUGUCCAAUGCAUACGCUUCAACUCAACAACAAGUUUUAGUAGAUAUGACCAGUAAAUCAGAUACGAUAAAAAAAUUAAUUGUCAGAGCAGAUGACUAUCGACUAAACGGAAAUUGGAAAUCAUUGAAAAAGACAAUUCAACAGUUGUCCAAUGCAAAUCUUGACAUCCUAUCCAAUUAUUAUUCAAGAGUUACAGAUCAUGAAGCCUCAACUGAUUGUCUGAAAAGUAUCAAUCAGAUAAUUGAAUAUGCUAGUUCAUUAAGAGUUGGGAAGCAUAAAACCAAUAUUAUCACAAUGUGUCACAAUGCAUUAAAAGACAACAAUGUUGGUACAUUGAAGAAAAUUCUUCGAACUGGUUCAAACUAAGGCGUUACCAACAAUUAAACUUGUAUUUGUCCAUAUUUCGUCAGUGGUUUUCUCAUUUAAUACUAAUUCUUAUUAUUAUUUUUUUUUUAAUGUAAAUUAUAUUUUCAAAAACGGAGAUUUCAUCUGUUCUAACUUGAG